AAAGGACGCUGAGGGCAUAUUGAGAGCAUUCUGAAAUUAGACAUGUAGCUUGUGUGGGUGUCAGACAUUUGUCUCUUAGCUGGUGCCCUGCAGAAGGAUCCUCCUUCCGAAAAGGCUGUCUGAGAAAGGUGAAAUGGGGUUGUAAGGCUAGGAUACACACAUGUGGUAACCAGCUCCUCCUGAACGUGGUUUUCCAGAGUUACCCUGGGCAGGUGGGAAGCCUCUUUGCUUUCUGUGGAAAAGAUUCCAACUUGGUUCCCUGCCACCACCAAAUACAAAUGUGUUGAUUUUUCUUUUUUGAGCUUCCAACUCUUGCAACCUUCCAAAAAUAAAUCAAACCAGCCAUCAGGGCACCAAAAUAAUACUACUACUAAUAAGCAGCUUUGCCUAGACUUACAUAAACAACACUUCUGAGGUAAACUUUGCCCCAGAAUUCUGGACACACUCUUUUUAUGUAACCUGCUUACUAAUAAUUAGUAGACUUGGGUGCAUUAACCUUGAAAAUAGAUUUUAAUAGCAGGCCCCAAAACAAAAGACAUGAAACGACAAUUAAAAAAAAAAAGUGCACCAACUAGAAUAACACUAGCAUCCAGCUCCAGGCUAAGCUGAAGACGCCCUCCUCUCCCCCGGCAAAGACCUCCUCUCCAGCCACCCAGCCAACAGGAGGAGAGUAGGAUCGGGACCCCGCCCUUCCCUAGCCUCUCUCCGCCCCGCCCCCUAGGCGGGCCUUCCUCAUGGCCCCUCCCUCUUCCGCUCCUCUCAGCCUGCUUCCAGGACCUGAGGUCAAAUUGUCGGAGCAGGCUGAUUUGCAUAGCCCAAUGGCUGCGCGUAUGCAAAUCAGGCGGGUGGUGGUUGGCUGGCGGUUGGCAGGAUAACUCCGGCGAGCGGGGCCUUUGUCCUUCAGUGGCUGUGAGGCAGCUGCCGUGUCGGUGUCGUGGACUGUGGCGAGGCGGGUGACCGAGAGCCGGCGGGCGGGCGGGCGAGCGAGCAAGGGGGGCGGGAGGGGCGGACGGCGCGGCGGCGGCGGGUGCUGGAGGAGCCUGCGAGGGAGUGCAGCGAGCAGGCGCCCGCGCGUCCGCGGUGGCAGGAGCAGCCCGCACGCCGCUCUCUCUCUGUGGGGGACCUGCAGUUGCAAUAUGACUUUGGAGGAAUUCUCGGCUGGAGAGCAGAAGACCGAAAGGAUGGAUAAGGUGGGGGAUGCCCUCGAGGAAGUGCUCAGCAAAGCCCUGAGUCAGCGCACCAUCACCGUCGGGGUGUACGAGGCGGCCAAGCUGCUCAACGUCGACCCAGAUAACGUGGUGCUGUGUCUGCUGGCGGCAGACGAGGACGACGACAGGGACGUGGCUCUGCAGAUCCACUUCACCCUGAUCCAGGCGUUCUGCUGCGAGAACGACAUCGACAUCCUGCGCGUCAGCAACCCGGGCCGGCUGGCCGAGCUCCUGCUCCUGGAGAGUGACGCGGGGCCCGCGUUGAGCCAGGGCGCCGAACAGCCCCCGGAUCUGCACUGCGUGCUGGUGACGAAUCCACAUUCAUCACAGUGGAAGGAUCCUGCCUUAAGUCAACUUAUUUGCUUUUGCCGGGAAAGUCGCUACAUGGACCAGUGGGUUCCGGUGAUUAAUCUCCCUGAACGGUGAUGGCAUCUGAAUGAAAAUAACUGAACCAAAUUGCACUGAAGUUUUGAAAUACCUUUGUAGUUACUCAAGCAGUUACUCCCUACACUGAUGCAAGGAUUACAGAAACUGAUGUCAAGGGGCUGAGUGAGUUCAACUACAUGUUCUGGGAGCCCGGAGAUAGAUGACUUUGCAGAUGGAAAGAGGUGAAAAUGAAGAAGGAAGCUCUGUGGAAACAGAAAUACAAGUCAAAAGGAACAAAAAUUACAAAGAACCAUGCAGAAAGGAAAACAAAACUAUGUAUUAAUUUAGGAUGGUUGAGUUACAUUUAAAUAAACCAAGUAUGCUUUGUCAAAGUUUAAAUGUGUGGCAGUAGUUUGGGUAAUUUUGGUUUAUAUGCCCUCAAGUAAAAAGAAAAAAAAAAAAAGCAGAAAGGGUUAAUCAUAUUUUAAAACCAUAUUUUAUUGUAUUUUGAUGAGAUGUUAAAUUCUCAAAGUUUUAUUAUAAAUUGUACUAAGUUAUUUUAUGACAUGAAAGGUUAUUUAUGCUAUAAAUUUUUUGAAACAAUACCUACAAUAAACUGGUAUGGAAUAAUUGCAUCAUUUCUUAAUGUGUGCUUUUGUUUCUCUUAACUUGGACUUUAUUUUCUUAUAAACAACUUUUUUUAAUACAGAAAAAUUAAAACCCUUGUGAAAU